CUUCAGCACGUUGUUGUUCACUUAAUUCUUGAAGUUUUACUGCGAUGGAAUAUUUAUUCGGGAGAAGUCGGGCGUCCCUAGAAGGUGAUCUGUUUCGUAACAAUUACCACUUUAGGCAUCAAACGCACAAGGACGUCGUGAAUGCACUAACAAAUUUUAGAGAACUGAGAACUGACGUAGUGUGCUCGCUCGCGAACGACGGCACGAAGCGUAUAUCAUUAUACGGGACAAUCCCGAUCAUCUACAAGGAAUCAAACUACAACAUUCCGAUUCGUUUGCUGCUACAAACCGACCAUCCUUACCGUCCUCCUAUUUGCUAUGUUAUACCGACGCAGACUAUGGUGAUCAACGUGUCUACAUGUGUGGAUCAAUCUGGUCUUGUCUACUUGCCGUAUCUUUAUCAAUGGGCACAUCCCCCUUCCAAUCUUACGGAUCUCAUACAAGUCAUGUGCAUCGUGUUUGCAGAGAGCCCGCCUGUCUGUAGCCGUCCAAUUCACUCUAGUAGAGCUGCGCCUUCGCUAUCGACUGACAAUCAAUUGCAAAGAGAGUUGGCUGCACAGCUACACUUUCGUGAACGUCCAAUGCAACGUGAACCUGCACUACACAGAGCCAUCUAUUCUUUACCAAGCCUUGGGAAUUCUCGUCAGUCUCCUGUCAGUUCUGGUUUAUUGACAGACAGUUAUAAUCAAAUGCAACAAGAACAUGCUGCAGUUGUGAAAGAGAGAAAAGAGAAAGAAGAGCUACAGCAAAAACUGCAACAAGAACAAGAAAACAGAGACAACAUUCAGAAGGAACUCGACGAAGCUCGACACCAAAUGAUACAAAUUUGUAAACAGCAAGAACACGAGUUAAGAGAAAAAGCCAACAUUGCAGAGCAGCUAUCAGAUGCUGAACAAGUAAUUGAACGAAACAAAGUCCUCAAUAUACCAUCACAUGAUAUUGAGUUGACUGACACAGAACUAGGACGUGGAUCAUAUGGAGCUGUUUGUGUUGGAUAUUGGCGUUGUUGUCCUGUUGCUGUCAAAGUUUUGUACGAUCAUUUGGCUGCUGAUCAAAGAAAUAUUAGACUCGUACGACAAGAAGCAUCUGUAGCAUGGAAGAUACAUCAUCCAAACAUUGCUGCUGUUUGUGGUGUCACUCUGGAGUUAGAAGAGAAGAAGGCGUGGAUUAUCAUGGAAUUACACAGCGGCUCUAUGUCUGAUGUGAUUUAUGCAUGUCAAGGAGAUGUUGCACCUCUCACUCUACGAGAAAAAGUUGACAUAACACAUGAUUCUUUGUGUGGACUCGAUUACAUUCACAACAUGAAACCUUUGGAGAUUCUUCAUGGUGACCUCUGUCCAAGGAACAUCCUUGUUACUGCAACGAUGAGAGCCAAACUUGGUGAUCUGGGAGGUGCUCGUUUUGAAGAUGCUUCACUUUCAGUUGGUCUUCUUAGUCCACAGUACACAGCACCUGAAAGAUUUGAAUCUCAAGUUCAACCAAAAAGCAAGAAAACAGAUAUGUAUAGCAUAGGAGUGACCAUAUGUGAGCUCUUCACUGCUGAUCCCCCAGAUCGUCAACAAAGAAUGGAUCAAGUGUUUCGUAUUCGUGAGCAAAAUGUUCGUUCUUUAUGUAAGCAGUUGAUGAAAGAUGAUCCUGUCAUUCGACCAACGGCAGCAGAAGCUCGCAGUAUUAUCAGUUGUAUUUGUAAGGCAGACGACUAUAUAGCAUGUCCUCCUAAACGAAUGGUAAAAGGCAAGAUGGAUGGAAUAGCUGAUGUUACUCUUACCCAGCCCAUUUGGUGAACUUGACAUGUUGAACAUAUUUUUGAACUAUAUAUUCAUAGGCAUAUGCAUAGGCAUGUUUGCAAGGAUCAUAAACUUACUGGACAUCAUUUACAGGUUGUUAGAAGGUAUUCAUUAGAUGUUGGCGUUUUUAGUCGUCCGCCAAUUUUUGCGGAGGGGCGGUCAGUCUUGAUUUUUCGCAGCUGCAUCUAGAGGAAAAGUACAUGGUCUCACUGGC